AUUAGCAUUGACUCUGCACUGGUGUCUGUCUUCUGGUCUACAAAAAGAGCAGGACCUUGCAGCUGAAUUAUGGCGAGUCCUGAACAGAAAGUGGUCCUGAUCACUGGUUGCUCCUCUGGGAUUGGCCUUAGGAUGGCUGUGAUGCUGGCCAAGGAUGAGAAAAAACGUUAUCACGUAAUAGCCACAAUGCGUGACCUGAAACGAAAGGAUAAGCUGGUAGAGGCUGCUGGAGAUGCAUAUGGAAAAACUCUUUCUCUUGCUGUGCUGGAUGUCUGCAGUGAUGAAUCUGUCAAACAAUGCAUAAACGGCAUCAAAGAUCGACAUGUAGACGUCCUUAUCAACAAUGCAGGUAUUGGCCUGGUGGGUCCAGUAGAAAGCAUUCCUAUUGAAGAGAUGAAGAAAGUAUUUGAGACUAAUUUCUUUGGAGUCAUCAGGAUGAUCAAGGAAGUGAUGCCGGACAUGAAGCAGAGAAGAGGAGGACACAUCAUUGUAGUUAGCAGUGUGAUGGGACUACAAGGUAUUGUGUUUAAUGACGUCUACGCUGCUUCUAAGUUUGCCAUGGAGGGCUUUUGUGAGAGUUUGGCUGUGCAGCUUUUGAAGUUUAACGUCAUCCUGUCGCUGAUUGAGCCAGGACCGGUGCACACAGAAUUUGAAGCAAAGAUGAUUCAGGAUGUGAAACAGAAGGAGUAUCCUGGAGCCGAUCCCGAAACUGUGCAUUACUUCAAGAACAUCUAUCUUCCUUCUUCUGUGGACAUUUUUGAGACAUUUGGACAAACACCUGAUGACAUUGCUAAAUGCACCAAGAAAGUGAUCGAAGCAAGUCGACCCCGUUUCCGUAAUCUGACCAACCCGCUGUACACGCCGAUAGUAGCACUGAAGUACGCCGAUGAAACUGGAGGGCUGUCUGUUCAUGCUUUCUACCACAUGCUCUUUAACAUGGGGCCUCUGAUGCAUGUCAGUCUGACUGCCAUGAAGUAUCUAACCUGUGGAUGUCUGAGGAGAAGGACAAUUUCACCAAACUAAAAACCAAUGUGAUUUGCUAAGUACUUUCUCAUGAAUACAACCAAUUUUAACCACUUCACAGACCAAGAUCAUGCUUACUGUAGCAGAUGGUUUCACAAUAUUAACCUGUGUAUAAUAUUUUAUGUGUGCUUAGAGACAGGAUUGGGGCUAAGUCCGACAAAAUUAGUCAUUAUCUUGAGUGCCAAAUUAAUACGGCUUGGUAAAAUGUCUUUAAAAAACAAACAAACCCCCACAAAGAAACAGAAUAAAUGAAGCAACCAGAAAAAUGUGACUAAUGAAGACAUUUGAAAUAUAUGUGGCAAAUGCUGCAACAUUCACAAAAGACAUUUAUAAACACUAUAGCAUUAUAGAUUUCAAGAAAGAAGUUAAUUAUGACAAGUUUUAUGAAAUGAAAAACAGAUAUCAGCAGGGAUUAUGAACAAAAAGGGAAACAAACCGCUGCAGCUGUUUACUAUCUGAGAUGGUAAACAAGAAAGAUUAAUAGUUCUGCAGGGUUAAACGAGGGAAUAUAUGGGAGUAUAGAAUAGGAAGUUUUUAAUCUGGGUUUUUUAAGUUUUUAAUCUGUUUUCUGCAAAAAGUUUUGCAAACAUUUAGAUUCUGACCAGGAUUGUUGUUAUGUUGGUAUUUAAUGGCUCCAAUACUUUCCGUACCCACUGUAGGCAGCCCAGCCUUAGUCAUCAUGACUGUAGCAGUUUAUAUUUGCUGAAACAAUAUACAAUGUAAAACAAGACAACAAUUGACAUUUUAACAAGAUAGUUAAAAUUAAAUAUCUUUUAGAUAGCUAUAUCAGUAGCUAUUAUUACUAAAGGUGUUUCAAACUUUGUGUAUUUUUGUUUUUCACAUUUUUACACAUAAAUGUGAAUAUGUAUAUAUAAUUUUGACCCUGUGUGAUACAAAGAAUACUCCUAAUAAACUGAAACUUGUGCACCUGA